UCACAAAACCCUAAAUUAAACCCUUGUUUCUUUCUUACUUCGCCUGUCCAGACGCGCACACACGGAAAUGGGGAGUGACAGCGAAGCAGAAAAGUCGGUGCAGAAGGAGAAGGAGAAGAAGAAGAUGCUGGCUCUGGCUCCCAUUGCAAAACCCCUUGCUGGGAAGAAGCUUUGCAAGCGGACCCUAAAGCUUGUUCGCAGAGCUUCUGAACACAAAUGCUUAAAGAGAGGAGUAAAGGAGGUCGUUAAGAGUAUAAGGCGAGGUCAUAAAGGAUUGUGUGUUAUAGCUGGGAACAUAUCACCAAUUGAUGUCAUCACUCAUGUUCCUAUCCUGUGUGAAGAGUCUGACAUUCCAUAUAUAUAUGUCACAUCUAAAGAAGACCUUGCAAGUGCAGGGGCAACAAAGAGGCCUACUUGCUGUGUUUUGGUAAUGACGAAGCCUGCAAAGGGUGAAAUAGAGCAAGGGGAACAAGAGAAACUUAAGUCAGAUUAUGAUCAAGUUGUAUCGGAUGUUACUGAGCUUACAGCUUCACUUUUUUGAAACAUGCACACAUAUAUCCGUACUUUUGUUCCAGCUGGAUUAACACAUCGGUAGUGUAGCUUUUAAUUGAUGUAUGGAUUUCAUUAUUUUACUACCUUGCCCAUCAU